AUGCGGCUAUUCUAUAUCUGUCUGGUGAUGGCGGCGGUUUGCAGAGCAGACAUAUCGUACGUCAAUUGCUUUGCGAGCUUACCAUCGGAUUUCGAUUUCAACAACAACAACCAGUACCAGACCAGUUCGCUGUGCUACCAGUCGUGCAAAUCAGUGAACGCGAAAUACCUAGCGCUCCAUAAUGGUGGAGAUUGUUACUGCGGCAGCUCGAACCCUGCAAGCAGCGAGAGCACCAGCUCGCAAUGUAACGUUGUAUGCAACGGGUACGGUCAAGCUAUGUGCGGCGGAGAGUCUUCGUACUCGGUCUACGGACUCACAGAGAAUAUUGGAAGCAGUUCCGGCGUGUCAUCCAGUGGGAGCGGGGCCUCCAGCUCCAGUUCCAGCUCACAGUCCUCGUCGGCGUCAUCGGCUUCGUCGGCCUCGGCUUCUUCCAGAGCCACGUCUGCGACGGCCAGCUCACACUCGACAAGCUCCAGCGCCUCUACUACUGCAUCUAGCUCAGGUAGCUCUGGGGCCUCGUCGUCGUCGUCGCCGGCUACGACCUCGGGCAACAACGUCGUGACAUCAACACAAACGUCAGGCGGAUCCGUCAGCAUCGUCAUCCAGACCGUUACGACCAGCCCACCGGCUUCUACGGGCAACAGCAACGCAGACAGUGAUGGGAAGUCCAAGAAAAAGCCCAAAAACCUUGGGGCCAUCGUAGGAGGGGUGGUAGGCGGCGUGUGCGGCGCCGCUGCGAUAGCGGUGCUGGUUCUGCUAGUGCUGCGGCGUAUCAGUAAGAAGCGUGAACAGGAGCGUAUGGAGAAGGAGUACCAAGAGGCCAUUAAACCCGUGGAUUUCGACGAGACACUGUACCGGUCUUCAGUGUCCACGGCUAAGGGUCCCAAUCCCUUCGACGACGCCCGUCGGAUCAGCAACGGGUCGUUGUUGAUGGACCAUCCGGGCGCUCCAGAUAAGAACGCCCCAAAAACCCUAACGGUGGCCAACCCUGACGCGUGA